UGCAAUGGACCUCACAUCUGCAAAGGAUGGAGUGCUGCUCAAUAACAAUAAGCUCCCAGCACUUUCUCACAUGAUUGUGUGAUGCAGAAAGGAAUGUAAAGCAAGUCUACCUCGGUCUAUAUUGCCGCAGAAGUGCGUUCAGGAUGCAGUUCUGAAUUUCAGUCGCUCCAUAGGCUGGUAUCGACAGCAGAGGGGUAACAUAUUGGUCAUUCUCGGCUGGGGGUAACUUGGGAGAGGGUGAACGAUGGCAGGCGCUAAACUCACGCCAUCUCCUUCGGAGAUAGACCCAGACGUCAAGACCGAGGCGCCGAAAACACCGGAGGAGCCGACUUGGGUCAACCCGUCGAAGCCGAUACGAACGAUGGGCUCUUUUGGGAGUGAUGCUGGGCAAAGGUAUCAGGAGGAGUACAGUAUGGACUCUACCAACGCCCAGGUGCAGGUGGAGUUCUAUGUGAAUGAAAACACCUUCAAGGAGAGGCUCAAGCUGUUCUUCAUCAAAAACCAAAGGUCAAGCCUGAGGAUCCGUCUGUUUAACUUCUCCUUGAAGCUGUUGACGUGUGCCCUUUACGUCAUCAGAGUGGCUCUGGACGACCCUGAACAGGUCACUGGAGUAUGUGUCAACUGUCAGAAUAGAACAAGCACAGCCACAGCAGAAUCCACAGAAAUCACAGAAAUCAACUGGGAGUUGAUUUUCUGGGUGAACAGAAGGGUUCCUGUCUGGGCAAUACAGGUGACCGUGGCCUUAAUCAGUUUCCUGGAGGCGAUGCUCCUCACGUAUCUCAGCUACAAGGGGAACAUCUGGGAGCAGAUGUUCCAGAUCUCCUUCAUCCUGGAGAUGAUUAAUACCGUGCCAUUUAUAAUUACUAUCUUCUGGCCUCCGUUGAGAAACAUCUUCAUCCCAGUGUUUCUCAACUGCUGGUUAGCCAAGUGUGCCCUGGAGAAUAUGAUUAACGAUCUCCAUCGUGCCAUCCAGAGGACCCACUCUGCCAUGUUUAACCAGGUCCUCAUACUUAUCUGCACCCUUCUCUGUCUGGUCUUCACUGGGGCAUGUGGUAUCCAGCAUCUAGAGAGAGCCGGAAAGAACCUGACUCUGUUCAACUCUCUGUAUUUCUGCAUCGUCACCUUCUCUACGGUGGGCUAUGGUGACGUCACACCUCAUAUCUGGCCUUCUCAGCUGCUGGUGGUCAUCCUCAUUUGUGUGGCCCUUGUGGUGCUCCCGCUACAGUUUGAGGAGUUGGCCUAUCUGUGGAUGGAGCGUCAGAAGUCAGGAGGGAACUACAGCAGACACCGGGCCCAGACAGAGAAACAUGCGGUCCUGUGCGUCAGCUCUCUGAAGAUAGACUUGCUCAUGGACUUCCUCAACGAGUUCUACGCUCAUCCUAGAUUACAGGACUACUAUGUGGUGAUCCUGUGUCCUACAGAGAUGGACAUCCAGGUGCGUCGUAUCCUCCAGAUCCCCCUGUGGUCCCAGAGGGUCAUCUAUCUCCAGGGCUCAGCACUCAAAGACACAGACCUCAUGAGGGCCAAGAUGGAUGAUGCAGAAGCCUGUUUUAUCCUAAGCAGUAGGAACGAGGUGGACCGCACUGCUGCUGAUCACCAGACCAUACUGAGAGCCUGGGCUGUGAAGGACUUUGCCCCAAACUGCCCCCUGUACGUCCAGAUCCUCAAACCAGAGAACAAAUUCCAUGUAAAGUUUGCUGAUCAUGUGGUCUGUGAGGAGGAAUUCAAGUAUGCCAUGCUGGCUCUGAACUGUGUAUGUCCAGCCACAUCCACACUGGUCACACUCCUGGUGCACACCUCCAGAGGACAGGAGGGCCAGCUGUCGCCAGAGCAGUGGCAGAGGACGUAUGGACGUUGCUCUGGGAACGAGGUCUACCACAUCCGCCUGUGCGACAGCAAGUUCUUCGGGGAGUACGACGGGAAGAGUUUCACCUACGCCUCCUUCCACGCACACAAAAAGUAUGGUGUGUGUCUGAUCGGGGUGAAGAGGGAAGACAACAAGAGCAUCCUGCUGAACCCAGGUCCUCGCCACAUCAUGUCCGCCCCAGACACCUGCUACUACAUCAACAUCACCAAGGAAGAGAACUCCUCGUUCAUCUUCAAACAGGAGGAGAAAGACAAGAAGGGCCUGCCGGUGACCGGGCUGUAUGACGCCCCCUCCAGGCUGCCUGUACACAGCAUCAUCGCCAGCAUGGGGACGGUCGCCAUGGACCUCCAGAACCCGGCGGACCCCCCAGAGGACUGCAGCAAACUGACCCUGCCUACAGAGAACGGCGCUGGGAGCAGACGACCCAGCAUUGCCCCCGUCCUGGAGAUAGCUGACUCCUCCUCCAUUUUGCCCUGCGACCUGCUCAGCGACCAAUCAGAGGACGAGACCAACCACUCAGACGAAGAGGGCUCGUCGGUGUCAGACUUUGUGAAAGGAUACCCUCCCAACUCCCCAUACAUUGGCAGCUCUCCAACCCUGUGCCAUCUCCUACCUCAGAAAGCCUCAUUCUGCUGCCUUCGGCUGGACAAGGGUUGCAGACACAACAGUUUUGAGGAUGCCAAGGCCUAUGGUUUUAAGAACAAGCUGAUCAUAGUAUCCGCGGAGACGGCAGGGAACGGCCUUUAUAACUUCAUCGUCCCUCUACGUGCUUACUACCGCCCCAGAAAAGAGCUCAACCCUAUUGUACUGCUACUAGACUACCCGCCUGACAACCACUUCCUAGAAGCAAUCUGCUGUUUCCCAAUGGUCUACUUCAUGGGCGGAACCAUAGAUAACCUGGACAAUCUGCUACAGUGUGGCAUCAUCUAUGCUGAUAACCUGGUGGUGGUGGACAAGGAGAGCACCAUGAGUGCUGAGGAGGACUAUAUGGCAGAUGCCAAGACUAUCGUCAACGUACAGACCAUGUUCAGGCUGUUCCCCAGUCUCAGUAUCAUCACCGAGCUGACCCACCCCUCCAACAUGAGGUUUAUGCAGUUCAGGGCUAAGGAUUGCUACUCCCUGGCUCUCUCCAAGCUAGAGAAGAUAGAGCGCGAUAAGGGUUCCAACUUGGCCUUCAUGUUCCGCCUGCCGUUCGCUGCAGGCAGAGUGUUCAGUAUCAGUAUGCUGGAUACGCUGCUCUACCAGUCAUUUGUAAAGGACUAUAUGAUUCCCAUAGCAAGACUUUUACUAGGCCUGGAUACCACACCAGGAUCUGGUUACCUAUGUGCAAUGAAGGUGACAGAGGAGGACCUGUGGAUCAGGACGUAUGGCAGGUUAUUUCAAAAACUGUGUUCUUCCAGUGCAGAGAUUCCAAUAGGCAUCUACCGUACAGAGUCACACAUGUUUUCCUCCUCAGAGUCUCAAGUAUCCAUCAACGUGGAGAACACUGGUGGUGACGACCAGAGAAGCAAUCGUCGCGAGUCGUGGAAGGAGAAAACAGCUCAGCGGAACUCCACCACCGGCGACCAAUCAGAACAUCCGUUGCUGAGGAAGAAGAGCCUCCAGUGGGCGCGGCGUUUGAGCCGUAAGAACACCAAGCCACCGAGUCGCACCGAGCGGAUCUCCCAGCAGCGCCUCAACCUGUACCGGCGCUCCGAGAGACAGGAGCUGUCUGAGCUGGUCAAGAACCGCAUGAAGCACCUAGGCUUGCCCACUGUCGGAUACGAGGAUGUUGCUAAUCUUACUGCGAGUGAUGUCAUGAACCGAGUAAAUCUAGGAUAUUUACAAGAGUUGCAGGGAAUUUCAGAGCCUCCGUUAAGAGAAGAGACCAGAACAGGGGCAAACACAGAUGAGAUGAACGACCACCAGAACAGUCUGUCCUACGUUCUCAUCAACCCCCCUCCAGACACCAUGCUGGAGCUCAAUGACAUUGUCUACAUCAUCCGGUCCGACCCGCUGGCAGGGCCUGACGUGCCCGAGGAUGCGGCUCAGGGGCAGAGCAGCGGCGGCGGCCAGACGAGGCAGGACUUUGGCACAGAGACCAGGGAUGAGACCCACCUCUGAAAUCCCCUCGCCUCACCACCCCCCGGACCUCUCGCUCCCUUGUCUAUCCACCCCCGGACCUCUCGCCCCCUUGUCUAUCCACCCCCGGACCUCUCGCCCCCCUUAUCUAUCCACCCCCGGACCUCUUGCCCCCUUGUCUCUCCACACCCGGACCUCUUGCCCACUUGUCUCUCCACACCCGGACCUCUUGCCCCCUUGUCUCUCCACACCUGGACCUCUCGCCCCCUUGUCUCUCCACCCUCGGACCUCUUGCCCCCUUGUCUUUCCACCCCCGGACCUCUUGCCCCCUUGUCUUUCCACCCCCGGACUUCUUGCCCCGUUGUCUCACCGCCUUUGCACAUGAUACAUUCUAUUUGUGCCAUACACGGGGAAGAUCCCCACUGCCCUUGCCCACCCUUACCUUCCAAUCCCCCUUCACCCUUACAGAGAGACACGUGGCACUGAGCUGCUAUGGGAGGAUGCAUGAAGAGUGCCUCAUCAUUACCUAACCUCUUAGAGAGCAUCAGACAUACAGACUCAGACAUGCCCUCUUUGCAAAAGAUAAAACAUGGACAAUGCACCAGUCGAUGGAAACAUACUGGUAACCAACCAAAGGAGAGGAGAGACAGAUUAUGUCGGAGGUCAUGUGAUGCUCUGAAUAUUUAGAGGUUUGUUUGAUUUAGUUCGUCGGCAUACUAGGUGGGUGGAGCUUGCUUACAUUUUAGCACCAAUAGAAAGGUGUCGAAAGGGCAAACUCUGCCCAAAUGGCGCGCCUGCGAGCUACACCAAGCACACUUGGCAUGUGUGUGUGUAGACUGUGUGAAUAUCAGUUGCAAAAUCAAGUCAUGUACAGAAAUUGUUAUUCCUUAACAAGAAUUCCUGGCAGUAUUCUUACACAUCAAUCAUGAAAGUACAUGAGAACUUAUUAUUUUCCCUAUGAGCACAACCCACUGGGCCCAGACGUCAAUUCAACAUCUAUUCCACGUUGGUUCAAUGUAAUUUAAUUGAAAUUAUGUUAAAAAAAACAGUGAAGACUUUUAUAAGCAAUUUUUUUUAAACACUAUCUUUUACUGCUCAUUCUGCAUAACUUUUUUUUGUUUCAAAUAUCAUGCUAUUUGUUAUUAAAAAGUAUAGAAUACUUAAUGGAUGGAUGAACCUUAAUAAAUUACGCCAUGCACCUACGUCAUUCUAUUUGUGCCAUACGGUUUCUGGUUCUUUAUGUAUCAGUCAAUGUUCUACGAAAGCCAAUGCUCAAUCAUUCCACAUUUCUGACAGGAUUUGAUUAAUUACAGUAGAACAAUCUUUCAGAGCUGUUUACAGUGGCAACCCUAUGUUCUGAACACUUAUGAGUACUUAUAUUGCACAAUAAGAGACAAGCAUAGUUAAAGUGAUAGGUCACUCCAAAAUGAUAUCAAAAGUAAUCUGAUGUUGAGUUGGAGUGAACUAUUACUUGAAGUCUGUUAAUAUGGCCAGUACCUGGGCUUGGAGUGCAGUGUUGCAAGCUGCCUUCCAAUAUGUCAUUUCACUUGUACAGUAAAUGUAGUAUUGGGUGUGCUUUAUAUAUUUGAAUAAUUAUUUAAGAUAUUUAUCUGUAUUUCUGAUACUGUUUGCUUGGACUAAUAUGUGUGGUGAUAUCAUUGUAAACAUUUUUUUUAAUCCUCAUUGUUUGGUUCAACGUUCUUUUGGUCAUUAUUAGUCAAAUGAAAACAAAUGGGACUUGAAAUAUUUUUGCACUAAGCUCUGUGGUCGUUAAUAGAGCAUUAUAGCAUGACCCUUUAACCCGAAACUUUAACUAUACAAUAAAAUACUUUAGUAUUUGCACAGUAUGAAUCAGCCUCCAUACAGUCAGUGUUAUAUAUAUAGUAUAUCAACUUUUAAAGGGCUGUAUUCAAUCCGAUCCGCUUUAGACGACAUCCGCAUAGCGGUUGUUUUUCGUUGUUAGCGCUAUUAAAUCCACAAGCAGCUCCUGGCAUACCUAAAGAGGACAUUGGCUAUUCCCAAUUUAGCGGAGAAGGCAUUCACCGGUAAACACUGCAUAUUACCUUCACAUUUCUAUCGCGGAGUCUAACGCUUCAGCUGUAAAGAUUGAAUAGAGCCCUAGGCCUUUAAGUACAUUUGCAAAGUUUUAAAUGAUCAUUGUCAUUUGUAAACAGAAUAUAUUUUGAUAUGUGCCAUUUCUGCUUGUUUGUUAUAAAAUGUACUAGGGAAGUAGUUCUGAACAUGCAUUGCCUGAAUGAGAUUAAGUUGAUGGAAAGGUUAGAUAAGGAAAAAAAGUGGGUUAUGUCAGGCUUUUACAUUAUUUUGCAGUUUGAAUAUCUCUGGAGUAGUCCUUGAUGUGUUUUGGGAUGUAAUGUAACGCAAUGUGUCCCCGUUCCCAUUGAAGUACUGUAUGUAUGUGUAGAUCAAAUAUGUUCCAUACUAGCCAGGCCCCCAGAAGGGCAGUUUACAGAUCAUCACCCCGUGCCCCCCCUCAUCGUUGUUGUAUGUGAACGGAACCCCAAGGGAAUUCUCUUAUCGGAGUUGUUUAGUAAAAAAAAAAAAAUGUUUUUGAAGUUCAUACUGUAAUAUAGAAAGGGGCAUGCAAACACAAAAAGCAUGUUGUGAGAAAGUUUGCCAAACCCGAUACGUUUUCCUACAGUUAGGUGACCUGUGUGAAGUAUCACAACUAGAAAAUGUAUCAUAUCUCCCGCUUGUUAUUUGUCUGCAUAUCAUUAUAUGGGACCAUGCAUGUCCUCCAGACAAAAUCUUCUGUUUACCUUUAUCAUAUUCUUAGUUAAUUGUCAAAAAGGUUUUAUCCAUUUUGUACUUUUUCUUAUUCCGAAGUAUGUGUACUUCUCUACCGUGAUGUAAAAUAUGAACAAUAAAUGCUGCAUGCAGCCAGAAACAUUG